UUCCUCUUUCACAGCCCGAGCGGCAAUUUACACCCCGAAAAAGGCAGAGAGAAAAGCAGGACUACAAAAAAAGGACUUCUUGCAUCCUCAGCAUCCUUCUCUGCCACCAGCAAUGGAGAGGGAGGUCAUAUUUUGCCCAAAGUGGCACAGUGCAUUUUUGAUUUUGGUGAUGCUCUGUUUCUUUCAUGCCGCCAAAGCUGAGAUAACUUGCAGGUCAUGCCAGCCUGGGAAUAAGUGGCGUGCACAGGAAUUACUGCUGAAAUUCGACACGAGUGAGUCCGCAACAGGAUUAAAGGGAGAAGUUUUUGGACGGGGAGACGAGGCAGGGAGAUCCGGGGCUGCAACUGGCGAAAGUCGGCGGCUCCGUUGCGCAGCCGGUUCCGCUGAAUGCGCUCCAGACCGGGCGGAAUACGCGGAGCCGAGGCUUAAACGGAAUACAGACAACGUGCAUGCAAAGAUUGGUGAGGGCGAGUUUGCAAAGAUGAAAGUUUCCAAUGUCAAAAUGAGUAGUCAGGAGAAGACUGGGGCACGUUCUUACAGAAAGCGCGCCAGAAGGAACAUUGACACAGACAGAUCCCCCGGUUCAGCCCAGAGUCAAGACCCGGGAGAGGGCACGAGCUCCGCGGCUGGACGCAGAGUUACGCGCUCUGAAUUGCGCUGGAGCGGAGACGAGCGGAGAGCUGGCGGUCCGAGGCAAGAUGAGCUCAAACUUAACAGUUCAACAUUCGCCUUGACCGGAGAUUCAUCUCAUAACCAGGCUAUGGUGCACUGGUCCGGCCAGAACAGCAGUGUGAUUUUGAUGCUGACCAAACUCUUUGACUUCAACCUCAACAGUGUGACUGAGAGUUCAUUAUGGAGGUCAACUGAUUACGGAGCAACGUACCAGAAGCUGAAUGACAAAGUGGGAGCAAAGACAAUACUCAGUUAUUUGUACGUGAGCCCCAACAACAAGAGAAAGAUUAUGCUGCUGACUGAUCCAGAGGUGGAGAGCAGCCUCCUGAUCAGCUCUGAUGAAGGAGCUACCUACCAGAAGUACCGGCUGAACUUCUACAUCCUCAGCCUGCUCUUCCACCCGGAGCAGGAGGACUGGAUUUUGGCCUACAGCCACGACCAAAAGCUCUACAGCUCGGUGGAGUUUGGGAGAAGGUGGCAAGUGGUGCACGAGAGAGUGGCUCCCAAUCGUUUCUACUGGUCGAAAAUGGGUUUGGACAAAGAGCCGGGCUUAAUUCACCUGGAAACCAGCAUCUCUGAAGGACAGGCGCUGUAUGUCACCUGCAAGCUUCAGAACUGCACAGAUGCCAACAAGGGCAAACCAUUCCCUGGCUACAUUGACCCCAAUUCUCUGGUGGUGCAAGAUGAGUAUGUGUUUGUCCAGGUGUCAGCCGCAGGGAGGCCAAUCUACUAUGUGUCAGCUAAAAGAGAUGUCUUCACACCAAUGAAGCUGCCCAAGUACACACUGCCCAAGGACCUCCAUGUGAUCAGCACAGAUGAAAAUCGUGUGGUUGCAGCCGUACAAGAGUGGAACCAGAACGAAACCUACAACCUGUACGUGUCGGACACAUCGGGGGUCUACUACACCCUGGCCCUGGAGAACGUGGUCAGCAGUAUGGGCCCCGAGGGCAACGUCAUGGUCGACCUCUAUGAGGUAGCAGGAAUAAAAGGGAUGUUCCUCGCCAACAAAAAGACGGACAACCAAGUGAAGACGCACAUCACCUACAACAGAGGCAGAGACUGGAGGUUACUGCAGGCCCCGAGCAAAGACCUGAGAGGCAACAGCAUUCACUGUGUGCUCCCGUACUGUUCAUUACAUCUCCAUCUGCACGUGUCUGCGAAUCCCUACACAUCUGGAAAUAUAGCCAGCAGGGACUCAGCGCCGGGGCUUAUUGUCGCAUCAGGCUCCAUCGGUGCAGAGCUGACAAGCAGCAAUGUCAGUGUGUUCGUCACCUCGGAUGCAGGAAACACAUGGAGACAGAUCUUCAAUGAGGAGUAUGCGGUGCUGUAUCUUGACCAAGGAGGAGCUUUAGUGGCAAUAAGACACACUCCGCUUCCCAUCCGACACCUGUGGUUGAGCUUUGACGAAGGACGGCAGUGGAACAAGUACAGCUUCACCAACACGCCUCUUUUCGUGGACGGGGUGCUGGGAGAGCCCGGGGAGGAGACUCUCAUCAUGACGAUAUUUGGCCACGUCAGUCAUCGCUCCGAGUGGCAGCUGGUGAAAAUAGACUUCAGGUCUAUCUUCAACAGGAGGUGUACAGAGGCCGAUUAUCAGACGUGGCACCUACACGACCAGGGUGAGCCGUGCCUCAUGGGAGUGAAAAGAAUCUACCGGAAGCUGAAGCCCACGUCCAGGUGCGUUAUGGGAAAGACGUACUCUGUGUCUAUGACAUCGGGCCCCUGUGACUGUACAGAGGCGGACUUUGAAUGUGAUUAUGGCUUCGAGAGACGGACCGACGGCAAGUGCACCCCUGCCUUUUGGUUCCAUCCAUCAUCGAUGUCCAGGAGUUGCACCACAGGGAUGACUUUCCUUAACAGCACCGGCUACAGGAAAGUGGUCUCUAAUAACUGUACAGCUGGAGUCAGUGUGGAGUACACUGCCAGGAGGCAGCAGUGUCCCAUCCAAGCGCCCAAAGGUCUCCACCUGGUCACCAGCGAGGGCUCGCUGACAGCCACCCUGGGCACCAAUGUCACCUUCCUUGUUUUUCUGGAGGAGGGUGACGGGGCGAGAACAAGCAUCACGCUGGACUUUGGAGACGGCCACGCUCUGACCUACUCCAAUGUGAGCUCUAUUGAGGACGGCAUCAAACAUAUCUACAAAGCUGUGGGAAUCUACCGGGUGACUGCCACUGGGGAGAACAGCCUCGGCUCAGAGACCGUCAUGCUCUACCUGCAUGUAACAUGUCAGCUGGAGUAUAUCCAUCUCUCAGCUCCCUUUGUGGCGGUGAGGAAUAAGGAAGUGAACCUGACUGCUGUUCUGUGGCCCAGCCAAGUGGGAACGGUCACCUACAUCUGGUGGAUCGGAAAUAACACAGAGCAGCCAGUAAUCACCCUGGAGGGAAGUGUGGCGUGCACGUUUUCCCGGGAGGGCAUCAACACAGUGACUGUGCAGGUGUCUGCAGGGAAUACGAUUCUGCAGGACAGAAAAACCAUCACUGUCCAUGAAUAUUUCCGCUCUCAUCUGCUCGCCUUUUCAUCAAACCUGGAUGACCACAACCCUGAUGUUGCAGAAUGGAGGCUGGAUGUGAGCCGAGUCAUCAGGAACGCUCUGAUCCAGGCCACAGGCGUGCAGGAGGAUCAGCUUCUGGUCACCAUCCUCCCCGGUUUACCCACAGCGGCAGAGUUUUUUCUUCUUCCUGACAAACAGUUAACUGAGGGGAAGCCAGACAAAAGCGCUGCUCAUUUAGAUCAGCUCUCUGAGGUUUUGCUCAGCGCCUUAAAUCAAAACCUCGUCCAGUUCACGCUGCGGCCGGGGGUCCAAGUCACCGUGUACGCGGCACACUUAUCAGCAGCGCCCCUAGUGGACACCAGCGAGAACCACAGUGGCUCUGCCAUGCUAAUGCUGUUGUCAGUAGUGGUUGUGGGUUUAGCUGUAUUUGUCAUCUACAAAUUCAAGAGGAAGAUCCCAGGCCUCAACGUCUAUGCGCAGAUGCAGAACGAAAAAGAACAAGAAAUGAUGAGUCCAGCUAAUCCAACAGAGGCCACACCCAGCUCACAGCGGGACUUGAUGCAUUCUUUGGAGAUUCUGGACACAGAGUUCAACUCACAGCCCAUAGGAUGUAUGAAACCUCAUGUACAUGUGAAAUUCUCCACAGAACUCCCCACGUACAUAGUCUAAACUCUGGACUGGAUUACCACUCCAGCCACGUCAUGGAUAUUUUUUACCAUUCGAGACACAAUGGUUUUGAGCUUUAUACCUGUGCAUGUUGGACCCUGCUGACACAUACUGUGCUCCGUUCAAUCCAGAAGAAACUGUGUACAGGUUUUUAAUUUUCCUUUCAACAUAAGUACGUCCGAUAAAUUAAACAUUUUAAAAAUCUAUUUUAUUUAUACAAAUCAUAAUUCAGAGGGAGCGC